UUUUGGUAACAUGGCCGACAAAUUUUCCAAUCUUCUCUUUCUCAAAUUUCACAACAAUGAUGAUUCAGCAUUGAAAAAUCAUAGAGGAAACUCGGAGACAUAAAUUCUAUUUAUCUUUUAUCGAUUCCGUUAUUAACCGGAAAACAUGUCAGGUAGUUUUGAAGUUGCUGACUCUUAUGAUAAUGGAAUGUCAGAUAGCCUACCCCCUAUUGACUCUCAUAGGGUACAUGUACCAGGGUCACUUAGUGAUUUUGAUAUAGACGAUUUAGACUCGACUCAGAAUAUGUACGAGAAAUAUUUUAAUAGCUCACCUCAUUCUUUGUCUGGAAGUGAAAGAGAGUUCGAUAAUGUAGAUGCAGAAGAAGCAAUCAAAUUGUUGCGGAAACCAUUUCAGAUUCUAAAUCCUGGUCACCAUGUUGGUCGUCGCCAUUCUGAACAUGGUAACAUUAGUUUUCUUCAUUGCCGACAUGUCUUGGGCAUUGGUAAACAAUACUUGGAGCUGCGCAAGAUCCUUGAAGAAAGAGCAAGACUUGAAUUCUUACGUGAUUGUUUGUUUAGAAUAAAAUCUGUUUCAACUUUUGUUAAAGAUUUAGAGAAUUUAGUCCAGCUUGAAUACAGAACAUUGUAUGGAAUAACACACAACUGUUUGACUGAAGCUCCAAUGAGUAAAUUAUACUGUUUGAAUGGUCUCUGUGAAGAUUUACGUGUCCAUGUUGGACACUGGAAUACCAUUAAACAACGUCUUCACACUAGCAAAUGGCUUUUACCAAUUUUGGGCCGUCUCUAUAUCGAUGUUGAACAUAUCAGAGAAAAACUAUUCCAGUUGUACAACAAUGCCAUCUACUGGAUGGAAAAGUUAAUUAUGAUUGGCUUAAAAGUUUUUGCCCAUGGUUCAUAUUCUAAUUUAACCCAUGAGAUCUUGUGGAAUGUAACAAGGGGACUUGAAGAUUUUAACAAUAUUUUGAAUGGGCUGCCUAAAGCUCGUGGGAAGACAUAUUUCAUAAGGGAACUUUUUAGUAAACAGGAAAAAAUAUUAAUUCCAAGUGCAGCUCUUUCCAAUCUCUCACGUCAUGCUGGCAUCAGCGUCAAAGCCAUACCUUUCAUCAAUGUCAUGAACAUUUUGGCAAGUGAAAGAGCUAGAUAUGCAGCUCAUCAGACACACAGAUUCUUCACAGCCAAUGACGAUUUCAUGAGAAUCUUGUUUUCUGGUAAACUUCCUUUGUACGUUUGGAAUGACGAGGUACAGAGGCGUCCAAUGUCCGCCAUACCAGGACUGGACACAUCUGAUUAUCACACUGCCACAGGAAGUACAACCAGUAUCAGUGGUGCCGUUUUAAAAGUUGGGUCAAUCAAGGCACCUGAUUUAUCUAGUGAACCUCCUCCAUUAUCAACAUUUUCUCAAAAUGAACAAACUUUUGCUGAGGCAUUUCUUCAAAUUGUUUGUCAUUCUACACACAUAUUACGUAAAAGUGAGAGUCAUUCUAAAACAAAGCACAAAACCAGUCGCACAAUCAGCAAAUUGGAUUCUGACAGACCACCAAAAGGUCCAGAUACACCAGUGCUAUCAAGAACAGAUUCUAAACGAAAGACAGUUUCUUGGGGUGAUAGUGCAGACAGUUCCAUAAAAGAUCAACUAGUCAAAAAAUAUUUGGAUGUUUUAUGGAAAGAAUUUGGAAAUGCUUUAGAGUUGUGUUUCUAUGAACAUGAUUGGGGAGCAAGAGAACAUGGACAUGAUUAUUUUAGUCUUGGAAGCAUUGUCAUUUGUAAUACUACAUUGAUAGCCAUCGUUAGAAGUAUGAUGGAAAAUGCUGGCUUAAAGGAUUUAUUUCCACCGAGCUCUGUACCAUCAUUAUUGGCAACAGCACGGAAACUUCAUGUUAUAUCAGCUUUAUCGUCAUGGGAUUCAUGUCUGUGUGAAGCCUUAGGAAACAGACUAUCAGACAAAUGUUACCCUUGUCCCCUGGCCUCAGGAGAUUACAGUACAAGGACAGGGAUGUUAUUAAGAGACACAUAUCAACCUUUGUUUAGUAUACUACAAGAAAAUAUGAAAGAUCUGUCCGAGUCUGGGAGAGAUUCCAGUGUGUUAGUACCAAAACAGGACCUAGAUCUAUGUCAUGUGACUAGUGUAAUUUGUCGUCUGCUGGCCAAUUGUCAAAUGUCACACAUGUGGUGCUUGCAAAAAGCGAAUACCUUUUUGUCCAGCUGGGCAGUAGGGAACUUCUUGUUGAUCUCACAAACUGAUCUGAAGGUUUUAGCAGAUGAAACCAAGAAGUCACUUUAUCAGGCACAUACAUUUAGUGGAAAAAAUAUAAGUCGUCAUAAACUAUGGGAACAACAGAUGAUUUCAUACCUUACUGAUGUCACCAAACACUUGGCUGAAACUAAUGAACAGAUGCAGAACCUGAGUGCAACAUCAAUGACCCUAUUUGGUGAUAACUGUAAAAAUAUGGCAAAGGAGUAUUUCCAGAAAUCAAUGCCUCUUGGUAAAGGAUGGAGGAAAAAGGGAACAGAGGUACCCAAAGAACACAGUGUAUACAUUGAGCUAGCUUUGGAAACAAUAUUAGAACCAGUAGUUGAUGGUGUCAGUAAAUUGAAAUUAACAUCACAACUCCAUGCAAUGGCUAUGGCAGUGUCAGCAGUCUGUGAAGCAUGGAAAAACUUCAUUCUAAAAGAGAAAAUUAAAUUUAGUUACCUUGGUGCCUGUCAGUUAGAACAAGACUAUAACUUUACUAGAACCUGGCUUAGUGAUAACAUUGUAAAUGAUGAUGUCAAACAAACUGUGUUAGAACUGAAUGUCUUAAAGUGUUUACAUGGUGGUGUAUUGUUACUGAAGAAACAACCAAUCAGAAGAAGUGGUGGCAGAUUUAGGGAAUGUUCUAUGGACGAUCUUAGUUGCCCAGGAAGUAAUAGUACUAGCCCAUUAGAACGCCAUACGUCAUCUGUUGAAUACGAGACAAAUCCAGAUGAGUCAGACAUUCAGUAUGUGGGUAACAUUGAUGAUUGGUUGUCUCUGAGAGUACAGGGAGGAUCUAAAACCUGGAAACUGCCUUUUUGUUUAAAUCCUCCUCCAGCAGAGUGAAAGCGUUAGUAAUACAGAGAAGUUGAUCCUGACCAUGGGAAUGUACCCUUUUAACGAGAAGAGGAAACAGCUGAAUUUUACCAUGAUAAAAAAAAACAUAUGGUAUAAAUUGUAUGCCAAAAAAGCAUGUGGUACGCAUUGUUUAAUAAACACACACAUGUGGUACAAAUGUAUUACAGAAAAGCAUAUUGGGUACUAUUCGAUAAAAGAAUACCUAUGGUACAAUAUGUGUUUAAAUGUUUUCACAAUAAUCAACCCGAUAUCGUUAUGAAACAUAUCACUUUUUGUGCAUUUUUUUAAAUUAACCAUUUUAAUUAUGAAAUUAUCUGAAGCAAAUCAUGACUAAUUGAGGUAAAAUUUGUUCUUGUAUCUACUAUUUUAACUUCCAGGCACCUUUUUAUCGGUCAGUUAUUUUUUGUUAGUUUGAUAUAUACAUGGUAUAUUGCUUUUACACUACCUUUAAAAAAUGAUGAUUUUAACAGGCUAUUUUUUUUCAGUCAAAACCCAUAUCAUAUCACUUUAUUUUGAUGACUUAGACAACAGAUAUUAAUAGUAUAUCAUAUCAUAUCAUGACAAUAUUUAUAAUGAUAGCUCUUUUAAUUUAUAAAAGCUAUGAAAUUAUAUCAAAAAAAACUUUCAUAAUAUAUAUAUUGGUGUUUUGUUAUGUUGUAGAACUAGUAUACAAUCAUUUAGUCAUAAAUCACUUAAGCAUUACAAGAUACAUUACCAAUUGUAUUUGGGCAUUAAUAUUUAUUUAUGAUUUCGUCACCCAAAAGAUUUGUGAUAAUUUAAACAGUGUUUUAUGGAAUCUGUACCAUUGACUAUGUAAUCGCUUAAAAGCCCAGGAUGUAAGCAUGACAACCUAUAUCACUCAGCCACCAAAGCUUUUAUAUUAUGAAAGGCAUACUCAUAUUCUUAUCUUAGAUCAUGAAUACUCACGGAUCUGGUUUUUGUGCAUUUAAAUCAUAGCUAUUUUAGUUGACUUUAUUGAUAGAUAAACAUUAAGAGUUUGGGCAAGACAUGCACAUUUUAGAAACUUUCAAUUAAUUCUUCGAAUGACCUGUGAUGAAAAUGCAGGAAUUUGAUGGAAUAUCUGACUGUGAUCAGUUAAUCGUUCACUAUAAAUUAUUACUAUUCUUAUAAAAAUCUUCAAUAAUUGAAGAAAAAUUGAUUUAAAAAACUAAAAUAUUACAAUUUUAACAUUAACAUAUCUUUGAUUCAAGUUGUGUAGUUCCCUCAGUCAUGCUAUAGACUUAACAGAACAUAUUCUACAACAGAAAUCUGUUAUAAAUAAUGAAGUAGUUUAAUGGUCAAUUGCUUCACAGUAACUUGUACACAUGUUAAUCAUCAUAUAUGUAAUUUGUUAUAAAAUGUAGUGCUAAUGUCCCUAAAUAUGGUGCUAAAUGGAUUGUUGAGUGUUGAAUAUAAUAAAUAAUUAUAGUCCGUUAAUCGUUCAUAGAUAUUUUUGUAAUAGCUAAUAAUUUGAUGAUUUAAGUUUUAUUAAUGAUAACAUUUCUCAUUUUGUUAAUCUGUUAGUUAUGGAUAAUAAAUCUUCAAGACAUGACAAGACAAUUUAUUACAACUGAGGCACACGUAUGGUGCUACAAUAGGGUAACACAUAUAUCCCUUUAUAUUAUAGAUCAGUUAUAAGAACCAUCUCUUUAUAUUAUAGUUCAGUUAUAGGAACUGUGCAUUUUACAAAAAAGUUGUCCAGAAGAAAUAACAAAAUCUUUUGAUUUUUUUUUUUUAUUUUGAUAUCCAAUAUGUUGCACUUUUUCAAUAUUUUGGAUAUUGUUUAAGUUGUGAAAAAUUUGUAGUUUAAAUUGUCAAAUAUUUGAAACUGCAUUUUAGAAUUUAUCAAAAUAACCAAUAUUUUAUGGAAUUUAUGAUUGAUUGUUGAUUGAUGUUUGCUUAACUUUGCCUCAGCACAAAAUGGCUAUAUCGCGGCAAUGGAAUUUAUGAAAAAUAACUUCUGAAAGGAUAUUUUUCAUUUAGAUAUGGUCAUAUAAUAUAUGUAAAGGGAAAUUAUAUCUUGUAAAAGAUUGUUAUUCCUGAUGAUAAAAAACUCAAUUCAUCAAAAUUUAACCAAUAGUAUUAGAUUGUAUAAAUUAAAUUUAUCAGAUUUUUUGCAUUGAAUAUUGUAGGAUUAACUUAUUAAAGUGUGUUAUGUAUGUGCUUUUUUGGUGCACAUCUCAUCAAAUAACCCAUUGGUUUGUCAGUUUGUUAGUCAUAUUUGUGAACAUUUUAUGCUAGAAUUUUUUUAGUUUGAUCAUUUUAUUUAGCUAGUUAUACUCAAAAGAAGAAGCUACCUCGUUUAUUAAGACUAUCAAAUCCAUGUCCCCCUACCACCAUCACCAAAUUCAUUUUUAUUUUUUUAUGAUGACAUUAGGCUUAUCAUUAAAAUCACAUUUGAUCGUCUGAGUGAAAUCCUCCCUGGUGGACUCUGAGAUAAAAAAGUUCAGAAAAACUCAUGAGAUUUGGUAAAUUUUAUUCAGAAAUUAGCUGUAUUUAGAAAAAUAAAAAAAUUCCUAAACUGGUUAAUUUGAUGCAUGUGCUCUUCAUCUGUUCAGGAAUUUUUAUAUAAAACAUUUGAUUUAUUGAUUUGAAAACAAUUUUUUUUUGUCAAAUUUUAUUUGAUUAUGCUUUCUUUAAUCACAAAAGAUUAAAGUAGUGCCAUAGUUCAUAAUUUAGUAUGGAAUGAAAAUGGCUUUUAUAGCUGUGUUUGGCUGAAAACAGUUGGUAAAAUUGUGGCCUUACCAUACUUUCUCUUUAAUUUUAGUUUAUUUGUGCAUAGAUAUUAUUUGAUAUAGUUAUCAGGUUGUAUAAAUUGAAGUCUGUCAAUUCCUAUAUAUAUGUUAGCGGCAAUAAGUGAAAUUAGGCAUUAAGCUUAAAUCCUAGGCAAUAAGAUAACGCCUAGGCAGUAAGCCUAUUGCCUAAAUAAUGUUAGGCAUUAGUCUUAAAUCCUAGGAUUUAGACUUAAAUCCUAGGAUUUAGACUUAAAUCCUGAAAAUUAUGUCCAGUCAUUAAUGUUAAUGCCUAAACUGAAAAUGGGAGAAAAUAAAAAGAAAUUUAUUCGAAGUUAAAAUACAGUUUGUACAUAAUCAAAUAAAAAGAACAGAAGUUUGAAUAUCAAUUACAUGAAAUAAAAUCAUAAGUAAAAUAUUGAUGUUAAAAAUCAUUGAAUAAAUCUCUUAAAAUAUACCGUAUGUAAACUUGUUGGAUAGUUGUCUCAUCUGCAAUCGUACUACAUUUCCUUAUUUUUAUAUUGAUAGAAACUAUGGUAUUGAAAUUUAUUUGUCACCAAUUGGCGAAGCUAUGGUACACACUAUUUUAAAGUUUUAUUUUUUUCUGUUAAUUCUUUGUUCCUCAUCCAUGUAGUUAGCAUGUCAUGAAUAUUUCCGUUUGACCACUCAGUACUACCCUGUGAUAGAUGUAUUGACUUCCAGUGAACAACAACUAGUUCUGGCCACAUAAGAAUUAAUUCAGAUAACCGUAGCUGUAAAUUCACGACCUUUGUCACGCCAAAUAUUGUGAAAACAUAAACUAAAUUAGAAGCCACCUUUGAAGCACUUUUUGACGUAAGAGCUGUAGUAAUAUAAAUUAUUUUUAAGGUGAUCUUGGUACACCAUAAGAAAUUAUAGUUUCCAUUUUACUUUGAUUGGAAAUCGAUUUAAUUAACCCGUCCUGUUCUGUAAAACUGUUUGGAUAAAACGUGUUUUACUACUACUCCCUUCCCAUGUUACAAUUUCCACAAAAUGGAAGUAAGAGUACAAUGGAAUCAUGGGAAAUGUUUACAAAGCCAUUAUUAGGUUGUUUAAUUCUACGGUCUAUAAUAUUAAUAGGCCGCUUUGGCAUAUUUCUAUGUGAUUUUUUUCCCAAUAUACCAUACAGUUUCUCUAGUUCAUGUUUGUAAUAUUUGUUUUUCGUAAAGUGUUUUGUUAUAAAUUAGGCCGUUAGUUUUCUCAAUUGAAUUGAAUUGAGCCUUUUAAAGCCGACCAUACAGUAUGGGUUUUCUCAUUGCUGAAUGCCGUACGAUUGCCUAUAAUUGCUUACAUCCACUUCAUUUGAACUUUAGUGGAUGUGUCAUGUCAAUACACCUUAUCGCUAUUUGUCCGCCAUUACUGGAUAUCACACAGGUUCCCGUAAAAUUUUGACGUCAUAAAACAAAAUAUCUGACGCCACAAUGGAAAAGUGAUUGUUGUUGACGUCAAAAGUUCAAGCGGCCGGGUCAGCCGGGAAUAGCGAUAAGGUGUAUCAUACCACAUCUCUUUAUUUUUUAUUUCCGUGAUCAUUCUCUUUUACUUUAGUUACCAGUCUUUCAAAACCCCAAUGGUAAAAAAUAUCAUACCAUUUUAAAUUGUAAUAGUCUAUUAUAGUUGCCUUAUUUUCUGUUUUUGAAAGUUUAAUCUUUGCCAAAUGGUCAUUGUACUUUUGCUUUAGAUAUAUGAUCUUUGUUUUCCCUGAUUCAAAUUUAUAUUCCGGAAAGAUUCAAGAAAUUUGUUGUUGCUUAAAUGCUAAUAAUCUAGAUAAAGAAGUGAAACUCAACCAUUGAAGAAAAAUAUCACAAAGAAAUACGAGUAAUUUUGUUGUGAAUACGAAACAAUACUAAAAAUUGAAGUUCUCUUAAAUAAGUUUAUAUUAAUUUUUGAAAUAUAAUUUUAAGAUAGUAUUUAUCAAGAAUAUUUCAAGGACUGUACAUGUAUUUGGAAGAUAAGCAAAAAUCCCAAAGUUCACUUAUCGCCUGAAAUGAUGUUUGGCAAUAGGUUGAAUAAUCAUCGUCAGAUUUCAGGAAAUAAGCUUAAUGCCUUGAAAUUUCAGGUAAUAACUUAAUGCCUAGGCGUUAGCUUAUUGCCUAGGAUUUUAAGCUUAACGCCUAAUUUCACUUAUUGCCGCUAACAUAUACAUCACCAUAUACACAUAUUUAAAUGGAUGUAAUUAAAAUUAGACAAUACUCAUAUAUGUAAUAAUAUAUUUAUUUGACAACUAAUCUAGUUUUGGUUAAGCUGUGUAAAUUCACAAUGAUGUAUUUAUGAUAUAGGUUGAAAUAUCUCUGUUGCCUUUUUCUGGUAGAAUUUAAAGUAUAUAUACUUUCUCUCUAGUGUUAAAACCUAAAGAAACUAUAGUUAACUUUGAAAUGGACAUGCAUGUGUGUAUACCAUACAGUUUGGUAGUGUGACGAGUUAAAUUAAAUAAGUCUAUAAAUAUAUUAAAGUUUAUUUUUGGGGACAGGGGAACAUAUUUUAGAUUUUUAAUUAUGCCAUUUUUAGCAGGCAUUUUAUUGAUGUGUCGCGUAAAGGAUAAAGUUAAAAGUACAAAUUAAUGAUAGGUAUGUCAGAUAAUGUAGUUAUGUCCCUUCUAUGGACAUCUCCAAUAGGACAAAUGAACACAACCUCAAAAUUAUUUGUUGUAGAAAAUUAAAACGAUGAUUAUACCGGUAAACUGAGCUUUAACAUUUUUCUUUGUUAAUUAUAAAUUGCCAUAAUUGUUAUUGUUUAUGUUAUUGUAAAUAUAAUAUUAUGUCCCCCUGUAGUAUUUUUAUUUACCUUGAAUGUUUUAUCGAUAUCAGAUCCUCUGAAAAUGUGUAUUGAUCUGGGUAUAUGAGGGUAUGGAUGACUUACUGAAUAGAAAAUAAUGGGUAAAAUGUGCAGAAUACAAGGAAAAAAGUACAUAGAAUAGAGAAAAUAGGCCCUAAAAAUGAAAAAAAGAGAAUAAUGGGGUGCUGAAAUAUAAAGAAUAGAGAAUCAGGGUAAAAAUAAAUAAAGAAUAGAGAAAAAAGGUGUAAAAAGAUGAAGAACAUUCAGACCCUCGUAUAUGGCAACAAUGAAAGUAUCACAAACUCAGUAUCAUUAUUUGAUAUUAUUACUGUAAUUAAUUUAAAGUUAUUGAGCUGAUAUAUUGUAUCAUCAUUGCUAGUUUUAAGAUGGAUUAAAAUAACCAACAAUUAAUAGUAUAGGAUUUUGUCUCUUGGUAUAGUACAUAAAAAUACUUUCAAUUCAGAAAUUUGUGCAUGCAUUUCUUAUUAUGAUUGUUGAACAACUAAUCAACAAAAAUGUGAAAUUAAUUAUUACAAUUUUGGGAAAUGCUCCAUUCAAAUGAUGCUAUCAAAAUUUAAAUCUGAUUUUAAAAAUUUUUUGAGACCUAUCCUGUCACAAUUUGAAAUUUUUUUGAAAACAUCCUAAACAAAUUCUGUAUUUACAGCAUCUUCAAUUCAAUUAAACUGCAUAUUUAUAUAAAAAUUAUUUAAAGUAUAUAAACAUUAAAAAAUCCUAUCUCUUAUAAACUUCAAAUCUGAAUAUGAAAAGAUAAUUAAUAGGUAAUAUUUAUGUAGAUUUAUAUAUUUAUAAUGUCAUCUCCAGUAUAAGUAGUUUUCUCAUGUGGAUUAUUUUAUAAUUCCUAUAUAGAACAGAUUUUCUGACUUUUAGCUUUACCUGCAAAUAUUGAAUUGAUUUUUGAGUUUUAAGCAGUCUCAGUUUCAUUCUAACUGUUUUCAUUGUUAAUGGCAACCUUUGGAUUUAAAAAUUUCUCAAAAUUGUCCUUUUCAGAUAUUGAACUUAUUUUUUGUGAUAUGUGUAAUGAUGUGUUAUGAAGUGUGUUUGUGGUUUGCUAUGGUUGCUCCACUGGUCACAUAAUAAUUGCCCAUUGUUUCUUUCCUUAGUAGCUAGAAGCAGGGACAUUCAUGUUUUUAAUGGACUUGUCAGCAUGUUUUCUAUGAUUUGUGAAGUAGUUACUAAACAACCUAUCAUAUAAUUAUGAUAAAAAUCAAAGGUUUUAUUAAUUUUUAACAAAUAAUUUAAAAGCUAGACAUACUCAUACAUGUAUAUUUUUAAUAACCCUUAAUUUAUUGGCAGAUCUGUGAUAUAUGUAAACAGUAGUUCUUCCUUUCUCUUACAAUGUAUUAAAUAUGUUGAAUGAUUAUUAUAAGCACGAUUUUAUUUUCACAAAAUUGAAAUUAACAAUUGCAACUUGGGUAUAGAUGUCUUGCCAUCUCUACAUACAGUAAAGCAGGAUUUCUUCGACAAUUGUUGCUACAGUUGACUUUUAAAGGUUUUUCACUGGUAGCCCAGUUUGUAUAAUUGAAUUCAUACUGCAACUUGAAAAAAUGUUCAACCAAUGGCUAUCUGUAAGACCAAAGCUUCUUUAUAAACAAUGAUAUUUUUUUUUAUAAGAUGUUAAAUUCAGUUGUGUUUUUUUAUGUCAAUUUUGGAAAAUGUAUUUGAUCAGGUAGAUUCUUAUGUAAAGAUAUAAAAUGAAAGUUGAAAUAUUUUUCAAUGAAAGUAAAAAUGUGGCAGCUAUUUUAUAUAAGUUUUAGAUAGAUCUGUUUUAAAAUGCUGCUAAAUAAUUUAGUAAAUUUGCAACAACACUAAUUUGCUGUUUUCAACAUUUGGAUUUAGUUUAUAUGCAAGAACAACCCUCAUGUGUCAGUUGUGGGCACAGUGCAUGCUUGAAAAAAAAAUGGUAUUUUUUGUGUGAAGUGCUAUAUUGUGAAGAUUUAUUGUGAAUGUUUGUCAUGUCACCUUCUCCAGACUGUGUUCUUUAUUUUCCAAAAUCUGUUAGGUUGUUAUUUACAUUUUAGAAUAAAAUUUUAAUAUCAGUA